UCUACAGCACGCCUCUCCAUAUUGUUGGAAUAACACAAUUCACAAUUUACACCAGCAAAUUUCCAUCUCUGCUGGACAUUGACACUUUCUUUAGGUAGUGUCAGACCCCGGGAGCGCCCCACUCCUGGCGGAACCAUCACUAUGUCCGCCGUCGAUGCGCGGCAGGACGAUUCAGUGUCCGAAGAGUCGGCGAUGUCCACAUCGCUCAAGUCGGAUUUCAGUUCACAGGUAGACUAAUCAUAAUUGUAGACAAUCCAAUAAAUAUUGGUCUGGAUCCAAUUUGAAAAAAAACAACAAAUUAAUUGAAUAUGAAUGAGAUGUUAUUAUUGGUAACAAGCAUGUGUUUCCUUUAAUGUUUCGGUAUCUAAAGAAACAGUUAGUUGAAAAAAAAAAACAACUCAUGGGAUCAAUAUAGCUGACAUGCCAAAAAAAAAACUUUGGUUAUAGAUUAAAUAUUAUUCAUGAAGUUACGUUGUCUCAGAUGUUGCAUUCGUGAUCUCUUGCACUUGAAAUACAAAAAUAGCGUCUAAAUUAAAGCUCCACUACAGGAAAUGGCUUGACGCAUAAUCAAAUGUUCACAUUUUUUUUUCUGGCUUUGAGUGACUUCGUACUAUCAAGCCUUAGAUAUUCGAAUAAUUGAAUACUAAUAAAGUGACUCUAUCUCUCCUAAUUCCUUACAAAGCAUUGUCAAAAUGCGUUUAGGUGUUGAUUUUAGAAAUUGAAAUCAUUCAGUUGUAUCAGCUUGUUUUUUUUUGCACUUAAAAUUUACUGAACCCUUUCUACAUGUACGCGCAACAUGAAUUUGAUUAGCUUGCACGAAUUUUGUAAAAAUAAUACAAAAAUUGCAAGAAUAACGCCAAUUCUUAAUGUGAUUUGCCUCGCCAUAAUGCCAUAUGUAUAUUAAUUACCCCUCAUGAGGAUUAACGCAUGUUUCAAGACAGCUGCCCAAUUAUAAGACCACGGCCUUAUUCGUCCACGCUAUUCCAUAUUUAUCUCCUGGCUGAUUUCAUCUUUAAUUAAACUUUGCACCCCCCCCCCUUGCACCGCAGACAUCCGUUUAACUUUUUAUUAAUAAGACAAUCUCUUUGAAAGACACUAACGUCUGGCUUGUAACAAUGGACAUGAGGUAACUAUCCAAGCCGUGUUAAAAUUAAACUAUGACAUUAGGUAACUAUCCCCGCCAUUUUAAAAUUGAACUAUGAUAUUAGGUAACUAUCCCAGCCGUGUUCAAAUUCAAAUAUGACAUGAGUUAACUAUCUCAGCCGUGUUAAAAUUCAACUAUGACAUUAGCUAACUAUCCCAGCCGUGUUAAAAUUCAACUAUGACAUUAGCUAACCAUCCCAGCCGUGUUAAAAUUAAACUAUGGCAUUAGGUAACUAUCCCCGCCAUUUUAAAAUUGAACUAUGAUAUUAGGUAACUAUCCCAGCCGUGUUCAAAUUCAAAUAUGACAUGAGUUAACUAUCUCAGCCGUGUUAAAAUUCAACUAUGACAUUAGCUAACUAUCCCAGCCGUGUUAAAAUUCAACUAUGACAUUAGCUAACCAUCCCAGCCGUGUUAAAAUUAAACUAUGGCAUUAGGUAACUAUUUCUUGAUUGUCCAGGCAUGUAACAUCCUCGCCGAGCUGCGUGAACAGGGAGAGCUCUGUGAUGCUGUCAUCAGGGUUGGUGAUGUCGUCUUCCCCAUUCACCGCAACAUCCUCUCUGCGUGCAGCAGCUUCUUCAGGGCACUUUUCACCAGCCAGGUAGGUGAGGUACGUAUCAUGCGUGGUCAGACAUUACAUUGGUUAGGUCCAUCUGUGUUUCUAUCGCUGAUAAAAAGCAUUACGGCUGUAGAGAUCUAUAAACAUGUAAAAUAUAUCACGUUGUUAAGGUAUGUACUUAUAGAAUACAAUGUUUUCGAGGACUUUAUAUAUUUUGAAAAUAAUCAAUAGUGCAUAAUGUUAGUAACAAAUCCAGGAGAUAUCGUAUGUCAUUAAAAAUCUAUUUCUCUAUGUAUCGAUCUAAGUAAUAUCCUAUGAAGAGUUAUACAUGAAUCAUUUAGAAGAAUUAUGCACAAUAUAGUAUUUAUUAUAUUUGUAGGUUAUAUGUCUUAACAGGUCUGGUAUAUAUCAUGCCUUUAAAUUCAUAAAUAAAUUUAACGAAUGGUAAGUGGUUUAAAUUAUAAAAGAUGACAUAUCACUAGUCUCCCUUGCUGCUGUAAUGGGAGAUAAACAAAUUUAUGAAGUCCGGUAAAAAAAAUGUGCAAUACUAAAAACAAAAGUGUUGACAAAUUCUUAACGACCAUAAAAUGUAAAUCUAGUAGAGAACAUCGGUUUAAAGCUAUGACAACUGCUAGUAAAGAAAUCCCAUUGUGUCAUUGUAGAAUCCAACCAAUCAGCACGAAAUAACAUUAACCCACGUGAACAGUGACAUCAUGUCCGUCAUAAUAGACUACGCCUACACCAGACACGCCAAGGUCACAGCUGCAAAUGUCGAACAACUGCUUCCAGCAGCUGACCAGUUUCACUUCAUGGGCUUAGUUAAGGUAAUGUAGAGCACAGAAAUAUGGGCUUGGUUAAGGUAAUGUAGAGCACAGAAAUAUGGGCUUGGUUAAGGUAAUGUAGAGCACACACAUAUGGGCUUAGUUAAGGUUAUGUAGAGCACAGACAUAUGGGCUUAGUUAAGGUAAUGUAGAGCACAGACAUAUGGGCUUAGUUAAGGUUAUGUAGAGCACAGACAUAUGGGCUUGGUUAAGGUAAUGUAGAGCACAGACAUAUGGGCUUGGUUAAGGUAAUGUAGAGCACAGACAUAUGGGCUUGGUUAAGGUAAUGUAGAGCACAGACAUAUGGGCUUAGUUAAGGUUAUGUAGAGCACAGACAUAUGGGCUUGGUUAAGGUAAUGUAGAGCAUACACAUAUGGGCUUGGUUAAGGUAAUGUAGAGCAUACACAUAUGGGCUUAGUUAAGGUUAUGUAGAGCACAGACAAAGGGUCGUGGUUAAGGUAAUGUAGAGAACAUAUAUAUUGGCUUGGGUAAGGUAAUGUAAAACACAUAAAUAUGGACUUGGUUACGGUUAUCUAAAACACAGACAUAGGGGCUUGGUUAAGGUAAUGUAGAGCACACAUAUAUAGGCUUGGUUACGGUUAAGUAGAGCACAGACAAAGGGCCUUGGUUAAGGUAAUGUAAUACACAGGUAUAUGGGCUUGUUUAAGGUAAUGUAAAUCACAGACAUAUGGGAUUAGUUAAGGUAAUGUAGAAUACAGGAUGUGGGCAUAAUUAAGGUAAUGUAAAACAUAUAAUACGGGCUAGGUUGAGGUAAUGUUGAGCUCAGGAUGUGAACUCGGUUAAGGUAAUGUAUAAUCAGAAAUAUAGGUUAAGAUAAAGAUAAAGUAGAAAUAGUAUUAAAAUGUAAUUUAUGAAAACCCUUCAAGCCUUACAACACACUCAAAUAAUUUAUGCAUGUAAUAUAAAUGAACCGAAAGUUGAAGAAAACUGUAAAAGGAGGGAUCUCUGGGUCGCAGCUUUGGGGGGCAUCGGAAAGGUAAGUUAGUAUAAAAAUGAAGGUGGCCUUUUUAAGAUGUGCUGUUUCUGUAUUAUGACCAGGUGGACAACCCAUUAUCACUUCGUCCUUAUUCAAACCAUAGGUUUGGCAAGUUUUUUAAAUUUUAUAAAUGCCACGUAAAAACAAAGAAAAAAAUUGAACAAGGUAAGGUAUUUGGACGUUUGAAUUAAGAAACAUGAAAAUGAGACAAAAACGUAAAAAUAAGAAAUGUAAAAGAUUUGGGCGAUUGGGAUAACAAAAAACAAAAAAGAAUAACAGAUCGCCUCCAAAUCAACGAAUUUGCUCCAAUUUCUGAAACAAUAGCAUUAGUUGUCAAUAGUUUGUUACUACCUGUCUGAGCGUAUUCAUAAAUUUAUAUGAGUAUUGUCAAUGUCAGUAAUUUGUUUAACUGCCAAGUAACGUCUUCUCCAGGAUUGUUGCGACUUUUUAAUAACAGAGCUAUGCGCAGACAACUGUAUCGGAAUUCGGAAAUUUGCCCAAACCUACUUUUGUACUCACCUAGAGCAGCAGGCCCUGAAGUAUAUCCUUGUUAACUUUACGUCAGUCUACACUACAAGUAAUGAAUUCCUUCAGCUGGAUAUUGAUGAGGUGAGCCGAUGUUCUUAUUGGCCCUAAUUAUAUAUCCUUUGUAUUUAUGAAAGGAACUUUAAGAUUCUGAACAUGACUUAGAUUUAAAUAUUAUCAGUACAUAUUAAAACGGUUCUUAUUUCUUUUAUUUUUGAUAUCUCGGUGUUACAUAUUUGCUAAUCUACAGAAAGUUAUUUUGAGUGUACCCAUUUUUAAGGGAAUAAAUAAUCAAAUUCAAUCAGGACAGGAAGUCCUAGGAAAUAUACAAGUGCAAUGCAAUAAUGGCUUGCAAUAUUCCAUACCCUUAGGGGUUUGGGUUACCAUUUUGAGUGCACUUGUGUAUUCUAAUCACAUGCUGAAUGUGACGACUGAGUUACGUGGUCACUUCAUUCUAAAUAUACAAUGUUUGCUAUGUGGCAGGUGUGCGAUAUACUACAGUCAGAGCAUCUGAAUGUAAGGACUGAGGAGCUAGUAUUUGAUGCCCUCUGUAGAUGGAUUGACUACAGCCCCGACAGGAGGAAAAGGAAUAUUGCCCGCUUGCUUCGUACUAUCCGAUUAGGUCUUCUAACGACCAGUUUUUUUGUUGAAAAAGUAAGGCUAUUAUAUUCAUAUUUUACAAAAUCUAUUGAUUCAAAUAACACAAAAAAUCUUUUAACGAAAAAGACACAAUUUUAUAUGAAGACAAUCAAUUCUGGAGAUAUAAUUUUGUAUGACAAUAAAUUCUGAAGAAAUAGGUUUGUAUGUAAAUAAAUCUUGGAAAAAUAGGUUUGUAUGACAUCAUUUCUGGAUAUGUAGGUUUGAAUGACAAUGAUAUAGAUUUGUAUGAUAAACAAAACAAUACGGAUUUAAGAACAAACAGUUUUACGAGUGUCCCCUCAAGAACUCUUGAUAAAUGACUCUUUCAACCCUGCGGCUUACUUAGUGACCAACUUGCUUCGAUGUAAAAAUGUCAAGCUAUUUCAGACUAUCUCCCAAGUUUUAAUGCUGACCUGUCAUGCUCAGUGGGCUGGGGACCUGUAGUUUACAUUGAUCCAUUAUGAGAUAUUUUAACGGGACACCUUGACAUACCAACCCUAAAAGUUCACAUUCUUGCGUCAUUUUCCUACAUCCAACCAUAGUUUAUCUUCAAAUCAGCCAUGGCACUGUGGUGCGUCCAUCUUCGGAAAAAUUAUGUGCAGGUUGUGUCUUGGUGAAAUCCGGAGGAGCACAAACAAUCCGCGUCAUCGCUCCAACCUUUUCACAUCCCAAACACUGUCCUUGGACCACCUGGAUCUCCGGAUCCAGGCGUUCCACACGGCCCAAAAUGCGUUUCGUCCCGCCUACACAAUGUCUGGAACACAUCUAUCAAAAACGUUUUACAGCUUCGUCCAGUUCCUCAGCACCUAUAACAAGCGCCAUCGCUUUUCUACAACACAGAUACGUCAGUAAUGACGGUAAUAUAUUUUAAAAAACAGAAUGGGCCAUGAAGUAGCAAACAAAGAAAAUGGCGAUUAUAAAAUGAAUUUUUAAUUCAUCGCAACAUUAACGCAUUGGCAUCACAUUCCUGCUUUAAAAAAUCCGUACACCAUAGCGGUGUAGUUCUAGAAUAGAAUUUUCUAUCAUCAGGACCAUUUCAUUAAAAAAAAUAAAAAAAAUAUCCCAGAUAUAAAUCAACUCUGAUAAAAGUACUGACACGAGCUACGGUGUUUGUUGGAUGUUCGGAAACAACAAUUUUGUAUCUAUUUAUGAAACGGGGAGCGUUGGAUUUGAAUGCUAGUUAUUCCCACAGGUCAAGCCUCAUGAGUACGUGCGAGACAGUGAGCAGUGCCGUCCGAUUAUAAUUGAGACUUUAAGGUUUCUGUAUGAGCUGGAUAUGGACGAUCGGAGGGAGGUGGACAUGAGCAACCCCAUAGCACGUCCCAGAAUACCUCACGAGGUAAGUCAGUCGUCACGAUGCUUUCAAGCUACAGUUGUAACUCAAGAGGUAAGAAGGUAGUAGAAAUGAUACUGUCAAGUUAACAGUUGUAAUUAUUUACAAACAUUUAUACUUUAUGUCUGCGGAAACCAAUCUACAAAAUAAAAUGCUUGUUUAUUUACGAUCAAGAUACUGUUUAAUAUAACUGUGUUGAGAGGAAAGCUUUUAUGUUAGAAAGAAAUUAGUAUUUUGAGGAAAUUUGAAUUUUCUUGAAAUUAAAAAGAAACAAAAUUAAAAAAUAGAGAUCACAAUGUUAUAUUUCCAUUCAAUGGCGCUUUCUGGUUGUACGAUUGGGAGAGUGUCUUAACAUAAAUUUGUUUACCUUACGUGCACAACUACACAUGCAAUCAUAACAAAUGGGUAAUACACGAAUCAAUAAUUAAUAUUGUAUAGAUACUUCAUCCAGUCAUGGAAGCCAUAAUAACAAAGCACCCCCCCCCAAAAAAAAAAACCACCCCCCCCCCGCCGUUUCUGAAGGUGAUGUUUGUAAUCGGUGGCUGGAGUGGAGGAGCUCCGACCAACAUGGUGGAGACAUACGACACACGGGCUGACCGUUGGGUUGUAUGUCCAGUGGCAGACACAGGUGAGAUGUUGUUAAGGUGAUCGGGUGUUUUUGUGAUCUAUCUUAUGAUUAAAGGUUUUGAAACGAAUUUUUCAUUCAUGCGUUGGGAGAGAUGAUGGUGGGUGGGUGGGCGGAGCUGUCUAAACUGAGUUAAGCCCAAGCUCGUGGAUCAGCGCUCAAUCCCCAGCAAACGCCUGGACGUCACCAACCCCCCCCCCCCCCCAAAAAAAAAAAAAAAAAAAAACCCAGGUGGAUGGGAGUCGCUAACCUCGGAUGACGACCCAUCUAUGAGAAGACAAGCUCCGUGGGGCGGUAUGACAUUGUCGCAAUGAAAGUUCAGAUGACACAUUCGACGUGGAAAAUGUCAACAGCAUAAAAUACACAAGACACUGCUGGUCGUCUUACUGCAUCCUGGUCUAUUUCUAGUCGUACUGACUCUAUUUUGGAUCAAAUAGACAAGGACGAGAGCGUAAGGCUGACGAAUUGAUGACCCUCAUUCCCUUUAUAUUUGUGUCAUUGUCAUUUGAAUGAUAUUUUAAGUAACAAAACCAUGUUAAGAUAAAUUAACGGGGAAAAAAACCCUUAUAUCAAGACAUAAACAUAUUUUUUUUAAAAAUACAACAACUUUAUUUCAUUCCCCACGAUUGCGCAAAUGAACCCGUCAACAAAUGAUCUAACUUAUUCUCCCACACGGCUUUUCGCGUGUUGCUCCUGGUUCACAGGGCCCAGGGCCUAUCAUGGUAUGAUCACAAUGGGCCACAUCAUCUACGUCAUCGGUGGCUUUGAUGGUGUGGAGUAUUUCAACAGCUGCCGAACAUUUGACCCUAUCAAUAAGAUGUGGGCUGAAGCGCCUCCAAUGAAUUGUAAGAGGUAAGCUCCUAAAAUUGAAGUUUGGAAAGAGAGGUAAAACUGAAGUUUGGAAAGAGAGGUAAAACUGAAGUUUGGAAAAAGAGGUAAAACUGAAGUUUGGAAGAGAGGUAAAACUGAAGUUUGGAAAGAGAAGUAAAACUGAAGUAUGGAAAGAGAAGUAAAACUGAAGUUUGGAAAGAGAGGUAAAACUGAAGUUUGGAAAGAGAGGUAAAACUGAAGUUUGGAAAGAGAGGUAAAACUGAAGUUUGGAAAGAGAAGUAAAACUGAAGUUUGGAAAGAGAGGUAAAACUGAAGUUUGGAAAGAGAGGUAAAACUGAAGUUUGGAAAGAGAAGUAAAACUGAAGUUUGGAAAGAGAAGUAAAACUGAAGUUUGGAAAGAGAAGUAAAACUGAAGUUUUGAAAGAGAAGUAAAACUGAAGUUUGGAAAGAGAAGUAAAACUUAUUUUGGAAAGAGAAGCAAAACUGAAGUUUUGAAAGAGAGGUAAAACUGAAAUUUGGAAAGAGAAGUAAAACUGAAGUUUGGAAAGAGAAGUAAACUUACGUUUGGAAAGAGAAGUGAAACUGAAGUUUUGAAAGAGAAGUAAAACUGAAGUUUGGAAAGAGAAGUAAAACUGAAGUUUGGAAAGAGAAGUAAAACUGAAGUUUUGAAAGAGAAGUAAAACUGAAGUUUGGAAAGAGAAGUAAAACUUAUUUUGGAAAGAGAAGCAAAACUGAAGUUUUGAAAGAGAGGUAAAACUGAAAUUUGGAAAGAGUAGUAAAACUGAAGUUUGGAAAGAGAAGUAAACUUACGUUUGGAAAGAGAAGUGAAACUGAAGUUUUGAAAAAGAAGUAAAACUGAAGUUUGGAAAGAGAAGUAAAACUGACGUUUGGAAAGAGAAGUAAAACUGAAGUUUGGAAAGAGAAGUAAAACUGAAGUUUGGAAAGAGAAGUAAAACUAAAGUUUGGAAAGAGAAGUAAAACAGAAAUUUUGAAAGAGAAGCAGGGACAAAUUGGAAAUAGAAAUUUGAAAAAUGUAAGUCGAAACUUUGCUUAUCUUUAAAAAAAAAACAACACGCUUUUGUGUGUUGACGUCAAUUCAUAGAUAUGUAGACAUAAAAUGUAAAAACCAGUUAGUAAAACAUAAAUGUAUUGAGAUACGCCCAUUAAAUGUCAAUCCAUGUGACAGAUGCAGUCAGUGUGGUGAAAUCUUCUGUGAGUUACGAAGUUUUUGAACGGUUAGACUGUAGUAUAAAAUCCAACACAAUUUUUGUUUCAUUUAAAAAAAAAAAAGUUUCAAAUUAUUUUUCCAUUCAUGGCCUCGCCUGUCCCCCAGUUGCCGAUACAAUGUUAAAUGUGUUAAGUGAGCCAGGUUCUUCCUUAACUAUAGUUUGUCACUUAUCGUUAAGCAGAAACCUGUGUGAUUGUCAAUGUUUUACGACACGUGAUGGACAUUAGAUAGAUGCACACGGAUUCGUGUACCCAAAAAUACAGAGCGGCUAACCAAAAUUAUUUCAUGAAAUAAUAAAAGAGAGAUUAUAAUGUGGUUAAACAAAAGAGAGAUUAUAAUGUGGUUAAACAAAAGAGAGAUUAUAAUGUGGUUAAACAAAAGAGAGAUUAUAAUGUGGUUAAACAAAAGAGAGAUUAUAAUGUGGUUAAACAAAAGAGAGAUUAUAAUGUGAUUAAAUAAAAGAGAGAUUAUAACGUGAAUAAACAAAAGAGAGAUUAUAAUGUGGUUAAACAAAAGAGAGAUUAUAAUGUGGUUAAACAAAAGAGAGAUUAUAAUGUGUUUAAACAAAAGAAAGAUUAUAAUGGGUUUAAACAAAGUAGAGAUUAUAAUGGGUUUAAACAAAAGAGAGAUUAUAAUGUGGUUAAACAAAAGAGAGAUUAUAACGUGAAUAAACAAAAGAGAGAUUAUAAUGUGGUUAAACAAAAGAGAGAUUAUAAUGUGGUUAAACAAAAGAGAGAUUAUAAUGUGGUUAAACAAAAGAGAGAUUAUAAUGUGGUUAAACAAAAGAGAGAUUAUAAUGUGAUUAAAUAAAAGAGAGAUUAUAACGUGAAUAAACAAAAGAGAGAUUAUAAUGUGUUUAAACAAAAGAAAGAUUAUAAUGGGUUUAAACAAAGUAGAGAUUAUAAUGGGUUUAAACAAAAGAGAGAUUAUAAUGGGUUUAAACAAAAGAAAGAUUAUAAUGGGUUUAAACAAAGUAGAGAUUAUAAUGGGUUUAAACAAAAGAGAGAUUUUAAUGUGUUUAAACAACAGAGAGAUUAUAAUGUGUUUAAAUAAAGAGAGAUUAUAAAGUGUUUAAACAACAGAGAGAUUAUAAUGUGUUUAACUAUUUUGAUUGCAAUCCGCAGCCGUUUUAACCUUUAUUGUGUCGAACAAUUUAGUCUUCCUGAAUAUGUCAAGGCUGUUUUGAAAUCAACGUCUAUAUCCGACUAUGGAUCAAAUCAUGUCUUAUCAUGUUAUACAAUUCUUGUUUUCCAUAAUUCGUCUUUUUUUUUUUUGCGGUUUAUCACGCCUUCCCCACCAUCUCUAAAAUAUAAUUCAUCGAUUCCUCAAUGGUUCUAAAUUAUAAAUUUCUGCCUCCCCAUUAGUCCUAGAUAUUAAAAUGCAGCCUUUCUCAAUAGUUCUAAUAUUUGAAGUAUUGUUUCCCUCAGUGCUUCUCAUAUCUCAAUUCCUGCCCCGUCAAUAGGAUUAAAAUUUAAACUCCUACCACCUUCAGUGAUUUUAAUAUCUUUAAUUAUUUCUUACUCAGUGGUUCUAAAAUCUUAGUCCUGCCUUCAACGAAAUGGUCGUGUCGUUUAACCUCGAUUGUCUGAAUGUGUUUUUGUUAAGCUCUAUUGUACAAUUUCUGUUAUCUUCCUUUGAGUGUGAACUUAGAAUGCUAGCUCUACUGUACCAAUUCUGUAGACUCCCUUUAAGUGUCUGCUUAGAAUGCUAGCUCUACUGUACCAUUUCUGUAGACUCCUUUUGAGUGUGUUCUUAGUAUGCUAGCUCUACCGUACCAUUUCUGUGGCCCCCCUUUGAGUGUGCACUUAGUAUGCUAGCUCUACCGUACCACUUCUGUAGCCUCCCUUUGAGUGUGCACUUAGUAUGCUAGCUCUACCUUACCAUUUCUGUAGCCUCCCUUUGAGUGUGCACUUAGUAUGCCAGCUCUACCGUGCCAUUUCUGUAGCCUCCCUUUGAGUGUGUACUUAGUAUGCUAGCUCUACCGUACCACUUCUGUAGCCUCCCUUUGAGUGCGCACUUAGUAUGCUAGCUCUACCGUACCAUUUCUCUAACCUCCCUUUGAGUGUGCACUUAGUAUGCUAGCUCUACCGUGCCAUUUCUGUAGCCUCCCUUUGAGUGUGUACUUAGUAUGCUAGCUCUACCGUACCAUUUCUGUAGCCUCCCUUUGAGUGUGCACUUAGUAUGCUAGCUCUACCGUACCACUUCUGUAGCCUCCCUUUGAGUGUGCACUUAGUAUGCUAGCUCUACCGUACCGCUUCUGUAGCCUCCCUUUGAGUGUGCACUUAGUAUGCUAGCUCUACCGUGCCAUUUCUUUAGCCUACCUUUGAGUGUGUACUUAGUAUGCUAGCUCUACCGUGCCAUUUCUUUAGCCUACCUUUGAGUGUGUACUUAGUAUGCUAGCUCUACCGAGCCAUUUCUUUAGCCUACCUUUGAGUGUGUACUUAGUAUGCUAGCUCUACUUCUGUGACAGUAAGACUUUUGAACAGGAACGUUAAUUGGCUUAUUCAGAGCCUUGCGUCCGUCAGGUGUUACGUGAGUGUGGCCCUACUGGACGGCCACAUCUACGCCAUGGGCGGAUUUGACGGCCACGUGCGGCAGAACUCGGUGGAGAGAUUCACAAGGGAGACCAACCAAUGGAGCUUGAUAAGACCUAUGCACCACCAGCGCAGCGAUGCCUCCGCUACAACUUUGAACGGUACGUCCAGCUCUUGCAAUUUAAAAGCACGAAGAUUCCUACUCAACAAGCCUACGCUACAAAUGAAAAAAAUUAUAAAACGUAUUUCCUGGAAUUUUCGUAGACAGAGUUUAAGUUAGGUGUGAUGUUUUGUACAGAUACGUUUAUUAUGAGUUGACAUAAAUGGUCAAUGUCAACCAAAUUCAUAGAAUUAAAUGCUCUUUAAUAAUUUUAAAAUGACGCUAAAAUAAAAUUUAUAAAAAAUGACUCAAAUCUUAAUUUAAAAGUACCGCGAAAAUUAGUGAGUGUGCACAAUGAUUCUAUAAAGCAAGCCAGCACCAACAUACGGCCCACGGGUCGCAUACGGCCCGCCAUUAUCCACUUUGCAGCCCGCGAGGUAACGAAAUAUUCUUUAUUCUUAUAAUUUUAUUAAUAGUUCUCAACCCAGUCCGAUUUUCUUUAGGCCCGCACACGUUUUUCAUAAAGUAUUACGGCCUGCCUUACAUUUUGAGUUGUGCAGGCUUUCUGUAAAACAUUACACAUGCAAAAUAUUUGCCCAAAUCUCAUAUAGAAGACAUGUAUAACAUGUCCCUAUCUCCUAUAGAUGGCACUUUUAACAUGUGCCAUCUACUUUACAGGGAACGAGUAACAUAUCCUAAUCUCAUAUACAAGCCAUGUGUAACAUGUCCCCAAUCUCCUAUAGAAACUAUAUGUAACAUGCCCGCAUCUCCUUUACAAGCCAUGUGUAACAUGUCCCCAAUCUCCUAUAGAAACUAUAUGUAACAUGCCCGCAUCUCCUUUACAAAGCAUGUGUAACGUGUACUUGAUAUCGACCAGGAAAGGUGUACAUAUGCGGCGGCUUCAACGGCCAGGAGUGUUUGAACUCGGCUGAGUACUACUGUCCUGACACGGGCCAGUGGACACUCAUCACCAGCAUGAAUAACAGAAGAAGUGGCGUCGGGGUCAUCGCAUACAACGACUGCAUCUACGCACUCGGUGGAUUCAAUGGCGUGACCCGAAUGAACACCGGAGAGAGGUUCUGCCCCAGAACCCGCCAAUGGGUGGACAUUCCAGAGAUGUACAGCCCACGGAGCAACUUUGCCACGGAGGUAAUCAAGUUAUUAUCUUAAAUAAUAAUAACAUAAACAGAUCUGGCGCCACGAUUCAUGCACUAUUUUAAAAUGAAUCUGGCACUGAUCUCUACGGAAGUAAGUACGGCGGGGGCAUCGUACCCCGAACUCAGUUUGCCCCAAGAAGAAGUUCAUGGUAUACAAAGUUUGUGUUAUAAAACGCGAUUGGUCAUACUCUUCUAUAAAACAAAAAGACAAUCGUUAUUUCAAUGAAAAAAAAUAUUAAACACGUAAAUGAGGUAAAAUAGUUUUUUUUUUUUUUUAAAUCGUUCGAAACCCCGGUUAGAGAUAUGAAAGGUUUGCUGCAUUGGGUGUAGUCAAGUAAACAGUAAUUCUUGUGAUACGUCUCUUGGUCUACUCUAUAUAUAAUCUGUGGUCACUGCCAAUAAAAUAAUAAUAAUAGGGCUAAAAUCCAAAGGAAAAAUGGUAAGCUGACUGUUUAAAAGUUAAUCCCGAUCCAAUUUGGAUGAUAAACAGUGAUAAACAGCUCCCAAUAAGCUCGGUGUCUUAAAAAAGUAUGCAAGACGUUUUAAGCUUACCGAUGGUCAAAGUGAGUCACUUAGCGACAUUGAAAAAAAAAAAAAAGGGCGUGCUGGUGGGUGGGAGAGGUUCACUGCCUCUUGUAAUUUGUAUGAGAGUCACUUAAGACAAAUAAAACUGCUACAAAAGUUGUUAAGACAUUUUUCGAGGUGCGCAGAAUGUGUGCGAAAACGUGUUAGAAAUAUUUUAACUUUCGGUCUGUUUUCAGUUUCGGCCGCAGUAAAAAAAAACAAACAACAACUUUCGGUCAGUCUCUACGUCAAACAGACGUAGAAUCUUAUAAAGGCUGGAAUAAAACUAGUCUUUCCAUUAUCAAGAGUUGAUAUAUUAUCAAGCAUGUGUACAACCCACACAAAUGGCCUGGCAAGCCUGUGUACAACAUACACAAAUGGCCUGGCAAGCCUGUGUACAACCCACACAAAUGACCUGGCAAGCCUGUGUACAACACACACAAAUGGCCUGGCAAGCCUGUGUACAACCCACACAAAUGGCCUGGCAAGCCUGUGUACAACCCACACAAAUGUUGGUCUGGCAAGCCUGUGUACAACCCACACACAUGUUGGUCUGGCAAGCCUGUGUACAACACACACAAAUGACCUGGCAAGCCUGUGUACAACACACACAGAUGACUUGGCAAGCCUGUGUACAACACACACAAAUGGCCUGGCAAGCCUGUGUACAACACACACACAUGUUGGUCUGGCAAGCCUGUGUACAACACAUACAAAUGUUGGCCUGGCAAGCCUGUGUACAACCCACACAAAUGUUGGUCUGGCAAGCCUGUGUACAACCCACACAAAUGUUGGUCUGGCAAGCCUGUGUAGAACCCACACACAUGUUGUGCUGGUAAGCCUGUGUAAAACCCACACAAAUGUUGGUCUGGCAAGCCUGAGUACAACCCACACAAAUGUUGGUCUGGCAAGCCUGUGUAUAACCAACACAAAUGUUGGUCUGGCAAGCCUGUGUACAACCCACACAAAUGUUUGGUCUGGCAAGCCUGUGUACAACCCACACAAAUGUUGGUCUGGCAAGCCUGUGUACAACCCACACAAAUGUUUGGUCUGGCAAACCUGUGUAUAACCCACACAAAUGUUGGUCUGGAAAGCCUGUGUACAACCCACACAAAUGUUUGGUCUGGCAAGCCUGUUUACAACCCACACAAAUGUUGUUCUUGCAAGACUGUGUACAACCCACACAAAUGUUUGCUCUCAGCAAGGCAUGGCCAUUGUCGGAAUGUAUUGUAUAGGCCACCCCUGCUGGAUACCACAUGCCACAGCCGUUAGGAAAUCCCCCUUUUGUGUCCAUCUCAUGUGGUUUAUUGACGGCUUCUUUAGUCGAUGUUUGCUGUCAGCUUUUUGUCUUUUUGUAUCGGGUGACGUCACGCUUUUAGUAUUAAAAAAAAAAAUUUAAAAAAAACAAAAAACAAAAAACAACCAUUUUGCGUGACGUACUGCUUUGUAUCUUUGGAGGAUUUCAUUUUAAAAAAUACAAACAGUUGAUCUUAGUAUUGGAGCAUUUCUUGAUGACGUUAAUGUAGAAAUAAACAUGGAUUCACAUCCUAUUGAAUAUGUUUGAGAGGUGAAUCAAAAAAGUGUGAAAUCGCAAAUUAUACGGGGCCUGCAAUGGAAUAGGUUGCAAUAUCAACAAUUUCUCAUCUUGAUGUGUUGGUGUAAAAUAGUAAAAUAAAAUAUAUAAAUUAAAUUUGUGCUCGUCUUCAGAUGCUCCUUAUUAAUUUUUUCAUUCAUAUUAGCUCCAAUCCAAGGUAAAUAAUCUAAUACAUAUUAUGACGGAAGUGGGAAGAAAAAAAUCACUGUACUUUUCAAGAUAUGUAUUUAUUUAUUUUAUACGGGCACGUCGCUCCUAGCUUAAAGUUGGUUCUGAUAAGCUUUUAAUGAGAACACUAGCCACUUUAGAGCAAGAGAGUUCAUAGAGUGCGUUUUAAGCUCUCCGUUACUCUCAUUUGGUAAAACGAAAGUAAUCGGUGUAUGCAGUGGCGCACUGGUGCAUCCCAGUGGUCCGGGACAAAAAUGUGUAGAGAUGUAAUGCGCAAGUUUUCUUAAUGAAAGAAUGUAGAAGCGGAUCAGGCGGCCCAAAUCUCACUAGCAGUGUCGGCCCAAAUAUCACCGGCACUGUCGGCACAGAUAUCACUGGCACUGUCGGCCCAAAUAUCACUAGCACUGUCGGCCCAAAUAUCACUGGCACUGGUGGCCCAAAUAUCACUAGCACUGUCGGCCCAAAUAUCACUGGCACUUGUGGCCCAAAUAUCACUGGCACUGUCGGCCCAAAUAUCACGGGCACUGUCGGCCAAAAUAUCACUGGCACUAGUCGCCCAAAUAUCACUGGCAUUGUCGGCCCAAAUAUCACUGGCACUGGUGGCCCAAAUAUCACUGGCACUGUCGGCCCAAAUAUCAAGGGCACUGUGGCCCAACCACACCAGGAUUUUUUCCCGCUGUCCGUGGGUCCACCCCAGCCCAGCCCUAACCAUUUGUACCUAAUGAAUACAACAAGUUAUUUCCAUACUAAACGUUUGGAAAAGAUCGAACAAACUGAGACUGUUCUUUUCAACUGUGAUGCUAAGCAGACGUUUUUAAAGAGGAAAAACCAUUUACAUGUACAUUUGACUUGUUUCUUGGUGAUUUGUUCAUUUGAGUUCCUUGGAGUUCCGAAGGCUGUCUGUAUUUUAUUUUUCAAAGUCAUUUUUGGUAGCUACCACUAUAACCAGUUUAGAUCAAAAUAUCAUUGAGGCUCCCAGCGGGUUGUCAUGGUAUCAAGGACAUGGGCCGUGAGCCGAGGAACUACGGCGCCCGGGGCACACUUUACAAUACGAUUUUGGUGCCCCUUUGUUAAUUACGUGACAUUUCAUCGUUCAAUUCACCAUAACCUCCCCAUUUAAAGAUGAUUUUGGUACCCGUGACUAAUUCCACCUUCGCUUCCCCCCUUACAUUCAUUUUGGCACGGCCCUGUUACAAACAACUCAUUUAAGGUUCACCCUAGUGCGACUGUUUCGUAAUGGCAUUUACUCUUUAUUUUUGGAAGUGGCACUUGGCUGCGAACUGACCCGAGUAAGCUUGCGAUAUAUUUGUUUGAGUUCAAAUUGUUCCUACACAAUCUCACAAUGGUGAUACAGUACGACCUCAGGGUCACCGUGCAUUACAGCUUGAAUAACUAUGAAGAUGACAUGUUUGCAUCAAACGUAAUGCAUUUUAAGUAACGGACCCAAGUUUGAUAUUACAUUUUUCAUAUUACGAAAAUGUAAUCAAAUCAUCAGGCAUAAACUGAUUUUAAGGAGAAUUUAUUUAAAUGUACUAAAUUGAAGAAUAUAUCGUCCUUUAAAUAUCGUUAAAGUGAGUGCAUCGGUUGAAAUCUUUCUUCUUUAAUGGAAACUGAGUGCAUCGGUUGAAAUCUUCCUUCUUUAAUGGUAACUGAGAGCAUCGGUUGAAAUCUUUCUUCUUUAAUGGUAACUGAGUGCAUCGGUUGAAAUCUUCCUUCUUUAAUUUCAAUUCCCAUGUGUUAAGAUUUAAAGACUUUUUGUGUGCUCAAAACGAAGCGUGAUUUGUAUAAAAAAGUCUGAUUCUCACGAUGAUCAGGUGAGCACGUGCGUACAUUUCAAUUAAGCAAAUAAACGUCAAACCAUUAAACGUGUCAAUGUAUAAAUAGCAAAUAUUGACACAUGUCAGCAUGUCAAUAAGUAAUGACAUGUGUCUAGGAACCAACCCUAUGUCACUACAACAUGCACCUGCACUUAAAGCAUUAUAUGUUUUGAACAGUUGAAGUACAAAAAGUGACAAACAGCUUUGUAUCCAUACACACAUUGAUUUAUACAAUGUUAGGUCUAAAUAUAAACCUCAAACUAUCGCAACGGGAGGUUCCUCCCUUUCGCACCUCUGCAGGGUGUGUGUUUGUGCGAGGAGGAGGAGGAGAGAGAGAGAGAGAGAGGAGGAGAAGAGAGAGAGAGAGAGAGGAGAGAGUGAGGAGGGAGAGAGAGAGAGGAGGGAGAGAGAUCGAGAGAUCGCUGGAUUGCAACAAUAACUAUUCAGAGAAGGUCAUUCGCGGACGAUACACAACUUCAUCAAUCUGUGAUCCCCUCUCAGUUCCCUCAACUUCUCAGUACGACACAGGAGACAGUGGACUCAGUUAAGCACUGGAUGACCAUAAACAAGCUCAAAAUGAAUGAUGAAAAGACUGAGCUGAUCCCCAUUGCCACUGCUCAGAAACGAAAAUCUGUAAAACACACAACAUCACUUACCCUCUCAGGUAUGCAGAUUGAGUUUGCUCAUACAGUGUGAGAUCUGGGUGUCUAUUUAGACAGAACACUAACUAUGGAACAUCCCAUUAACAUGCUUUGCAAGGCAAUUUUCCUAGAGCUGCGCAGGAUUAGUCAUAUCAGACCUUUCUUAACGUUAGAUGCAUCAGAGAGGCUGAUGUCUGCAUUUGUGCUAUCACGCAUGGACUACUGCAAUGCUCUCAUGGUGGGUCUCCCAGCUACGCUCCUGGAUAAAAUUCAAAGAGCACAGAAUAGUGCGGCUCGCAUUGUUCUUCGCAAACGCAAAUUUGACCAUGCUCAAACACUUCUGAGGCAGCUGCACUGGCUGCCGGUCCGCGCUCGCAUAGAGUACAAAAUUGCAACUUUGUGCUACCGCUGCUUACAUGACCUGGCGCCAUCUUAUCUCAAAGCACCCAUGACGCCCUAUGUACCCACUAGACAGCUCCGCUCAUCCGAUAGUGGCAAUUCAAAUAUCGCUACCGUGUGUUCGCCUUGAGACUUACGGAAAGCGCACUUUUGCAUUUGCCGGCCCAACAAUUUGGAACGCUCUUCCAGUCCCUCUCAGAAACAGCCAGACACUGGAGUCCUUUAAAAUCUAUUAAAAAACACAUCUAUUUCGCAAACACCUUCUGGGUUCUGGGGUGAUGCUAUCUACCAUCUUUUUCAGUUAAUGUAUAUUGGCUUGUGUUGCUUAUGGUUGAAACGGGAUGAAAGACUUUGACUGGGUAUGCUCGUAUGUAGUUUUAUAUUGUUGCGUCUGUUUUUAAAUGUUGUAAAUUUUAUAUUGUUUUUAUUUCUCUUUUUAAUAUGGUUGACUUUGUACCGCGCUUCGAGCUUUUGGGGAUGAAGCGUGUUUUUCAAAUAAACUUUACUAUUAUUAUUAUUAGUUCAGACUGAUGACGCAUAUUUGGCUGGUUUUCUGUUAAAUGUUGAUUCCAUUGCAAUUGAAAGUUACAUUAAAAUUGUAUUACAAAUAACAUUAAGACAUAAAAUAAGGAGGUAAAUUGUAUAAUUCCUUGGAGCUUUUAAUAUUGGAUGGCUAAACUUAAUUUAUAGGAAUGUGUUAAAGUUCUGUACGAAUGAUGUGAGCCGUUCUCCUUACAAGCACCACAAGAUUGGCCCGCAGCUUGCUUUACAGAACUAGCCUCCCAAAUGAUCCAUUGGUUGUCCUACAACCAGUCGUACCACUAGCCUCCCAAAUGAUCCAUUGGUUGUCCUACAACCAGUCGUACCACUAGCCUCCCAAAUGAUCCAUUGGUUGUCCUACAACCAGUCGUACCACUAGCCUCCCAAAUGAUCCGUUGGUUGUCCUACAACCAGUCGUACCACUAGCCGCCCAAAUGAUCCGUUGGUUGUCCUACAACCAGUCGUACCACUAGCCGCCCAAAUGAUCCGUUGGUUGUCCUACAACGAGUCGUACCACUAGCGUCACAUAUGAUCCCUUGGUUGUCCUACAACGAGUCGUACCACUAGCGUCACAUAUGAUCCCUUGGUUGUCCUACAACGAGUCGUACCACUAGCGUCACAUAUGAUCCCUUGGUUGUCCUACAACCAGUCGUACCACUAGCGUCACAUAUGAUCCCUUGGUUGUCCUACAACGAGUCGUACCACUAGCGUCACAUAUGAUCCAUUGGUUGUCCUACAACCAGUCGUACCACUAGCCUCAAAUAUGAUCCAUUGGUUGUCCUACAACCAGUCGUACCACUAGCCUCAAAUAUGAUCCAUUGGUUGUCCUACAACCAGUCGUAGCACUAGCAUCAUAGACACUAUCUUAUUGAUAUCACGUUCUGUUUGUUCGCACCUUUAGCCACACAGAGGUCAACAAACUGUCAUAAAGUAACUGGGUGCAUAUCAUUAAAUCUUACUGAUUCUGUUUUGAAGGUGGCAUUCACUAACUGACAUUAAGAAACAGUUAAAUGUUUUUACGUUUUUUAUUAGUAUGUUUUUGUCUCGGUCCAUCAGUGUAAUGCUAUAGAGUAAAUUUUAAGUGUUACAGCACAUAAACGUCUUUACAAUCUUCAUCACGGAGAGUCGAAAUCAAGGAGUUACUCCAAUAGCGUGAGACUCGUAACCAGGCGUUGACAUUUCGUCUUCAGUCAUCAGUCAAGCGUGAUUCAAUAACACGGGUUUUAUAUGAAAGAAUGAAUGUAAAGUUGAUGUCUGCCUUGUAAGUCGUGUCGAAUUAUUUGCAGCAGACACGGUUGGAGCAGUCGAGUCGCCCCCCUUCAAACAAAAAGCUGGAUUAAAAAAAGAAAAGCGUGAUUUCAUUAGUAAUCGCAAACGAAGUCAAAAAUCUUUGUGCCUUUAAAAGCAAGAUCCCGGUUAGUGAAGUCUUGAUGGUAUGUGUAGAUGCUCAGUGAUGCGUCUACUCAUUCCUACUUUGGGGACCGCUAUUAUUGAAGUGGCAUCUGGUUUUCAAUGAAGAGUGUUCUAAAUUUAACAUAAACUAUAGAUUGGAAAAAGGCGCGCACGCAAAAUGCAAUCGCUGCAUAUUUUGAAUGGCAAUAGCCCCCUCUCUUUUGCUUUGAGUCAUUGAAUGUAGUUUUGCCGUAAUAAUGGGUAGUAGGCCAGCGUUUGAAGAGAUCGGAAAAUUCAAUAGAAUUCACAGAGUUAAAUACAAAUGCAUACUGAGUCUAAAAAUGUACAAAUGUUUGUGGAGUGCAUUUCAUGUUUCACUAAAAUGAACGGCUACGUAUCGAAGACAUCUUAUUUCUUUGGUCAGGAUUCAUCUUUAAAGCAGUGGAUCAAUUUUUUUAAAUUCAUCUUUUCGUCCAUCAUAAUCCUUUUUUUAUUUCUAUUUGUUUAUCUCCAACCUGGCCAUCCACCCAUCUGAUAAUCCAUUCAUAAGUCUAGCAAUGCAUACAGCGACUAAUGAAGGCAAGGACAACAGUGCCAGGGCUGUGGCAACCAUAAGCUGCGCUCAGGGAAAAACCUGAUGUUAGCCGCCCUAUCACCCUAAAAAUCGAAUUUUUGGGCAUGAAAAUGACGAUUUUGGCCCCCUCUGAAGAUGGUCACAAACUUAUCAAUUCAUCUUUUAAUUGACAAAUGGAUACAGUCGUCCAAGGAUCUAAUUGGUUAUCCACUUUAACGUUACUUAUAAAGAUAAUCAUUAAAAAUGUCGCACCCUCUCCCAAGUGGAAGGAAACGAAUCAAAAUAAAAAAAGCAAGGGAAAUAAAACAGAAUUAACAGCACAAUAAAUUUCUGAAGUAGCGUCCCCUGAAUUAGCAAAAUAAUGUUUAAAUCUUUUUAUUUUUUUUUUAAAAUACCAUUGGAUAUAUAGUAAAAUAGCUCAACAUAACACCAUUUAAAAAUCAUUUAUAGAUGACAUAUAUGUUUGUUUAGAAAUCGAAAAAAGUUUUCUAUCUGAAUCUACUUCCAAUUUUACCUGUGACUAAAUCAACAUUGUCUUCACACAUCCCUGUCAUCUGUUGUUUUUUUAAUCAGCGUUUAUCAAUCAUUUUAACGACGUUAAUGUCAUGUCAAUCCUUUCAUCGCUAAACUUGACUUAAUCUCUAGAUCAUAGACGACAUGUUGUUUGCCAUAGGAGGUUUCAAUGGAGUGACAACCAUCUUCAAUGUGGAGUGCUAUGAUUCAAACGCUGAUGAAUGGUAAGAGGGGCGGGGGGGGGUGUCAUGAGAGGGAGGGAGGUCCAAGAUGUUUCACGUGAGUUCUAAUGGGGGGAGGGGGGCGUGAUUGGUUUUUUUUUUGUUUGGUCUAAUGGGGGUCGUUGAUGAUAUCGACGUUUUAGUUGUAGGGUUCAGAGAUUGUAAUGUGGGUACAAGAAAGGAGGGGUGUGUGUGGGUGUGUCGCUACGGGUCACAGACAGUAUCGUGGGUUCCAUAUUGGGGAUCGAUGUCGGUAAUUUGGUAUAUGCUAAUUUUGGUACACAGUUUUUGUUCAUAGAUGGUAAUAUGAAAACAUGGUUUUGGUCGGAGGUGAUAAUAUUUGUACAAGGUGUUUGGUCAUAUAUGCUAAUUUGGGUACUUUUUUUACGUGGUAGAUGAUAAUGUGGUUAAAACGUUUUGGUCAUUUAUGCUAAUUUUGGUACUUUUUUUUAGUCGUAGAUGAAAAUGUGGGUAAAAGUUUUUGGUCGUAAGUUGUAAUGUACGUACGUACGUUUGGGUCAUAAAUUGCAUUUCUGGUAUUUGAUUUUAGGUCUUAGCUAUAUUUGAUCAUGAGCUAAGGAUGUAUAAAUUAGGUUAAGUUAUGUACAGACCAAAACUCGUCAUCCUUUCUUUGAUUUAUUCCCUGGGUCAUUUGUUGAACAAAAUAUUUUUAUUAUCAUUAAAUUAAGUGCUAAAAUAUAUUUCGUUUAAUAAUGCUUUUAAAAAAAUGUAACUAAAAUGAAAUAGAAUAAAAUAACACAGCUUUGCUUUGCUUUCAGUACAUUAAAAGCAAGCAUUGGUUGAGGGUGUAUCGGGUUGAUCUAUUUCAUUUCCUUUAGGUAUGACGCUACCGAUAUGAGUCUUUACCGAAGCGCCCUUAGCGCAUGCGUCGUUAAAGGGCUUCCGAAUGUUCAAGAUUAUAUCUAUCAGAACCGAGUCUUCCCCAAUGCAGACAACUCUACUACAGUGGAUCCGUCGCCUAACUCUGCUACCACCAACUCCGGGUAAUAGCACGGUCCGGCUGGCAGCCUGUUCUUCAAAUGCUCGUUCUGUGACUGCACUAGGCAGAGAUAGAUAUGCGAGGAUUUACUUAGUUCAAAGUGCGUAUAUCUUUAGAUACUACUACUGAUAAUUAAAUUGUUGGUAACGGGCGUCAGUGCUAUUUGUUUGUAUAUGAAAGUCGACACACUUUUUGGUUUAUUUAGAUGUCAGUUCAUUAAUUUGAUGGAAGUAGUAUGACUACAACUGAUUCAUUCAUUUGAUGGAAGCAUGACUACAACGUAUUCAUUCAUUUGAUGGAAGCAUGACUACAGCUGAAGUGUUAAAUCGUAAAAAGUUCUGGCACUUGAAGACCUGGGUAGACGUUCGCGAAUUUGAAGGAAUCUUAGAUAGUAAUAAGUUGUGUAAAUCCAUCUAAAAUUCUCAUUAUCUUCUCAACAUACUCAUAGUAUCCCAGUACCAUGCAGAGUACCAUAGACACAUUACUGUUAGACCAUUGCCCGGAUCUGCUGCUUAGAGCCGCCACGAGACUCUGAGAGGACCCCUUUACCCUUCAACGCAAUUAAAUAUAUUAUUUCGAUUUAAUGGCUGAGUUAUCAAAAUUUGGGCCUCCUAAUAUCCAAGGCCCCCUGUAGUCAAAAAUGUUGCAGGGCCCAAGUGACGGCUAUGCUGCUACUUGUCAUACUAUAUAUCAAGACAGUUAAAACUAGAAAAGAUUCUUUGGAUAAGUGUAUCAGUCUUAAAUUGUGUUAUACAUCUUCUAUCUCUUAAACCCAUAUAGUAAGUACACAUUGUCUCUCUAAGAAAAUAGACUUUCCUAGCUAAAGUCGAGUGUCUCCAGUGAUUUUCGAGUAAUGCUAAUGCCAAAAAGUUUGAAGAAUUAAUUUCCAUCAAUCAACUUAAUCUUGGCUGAGGUCAAGUUAGGGGCCUGAAGUCAAGUUAGGGUGGGGGUGGGGCUAAGGUCACGGUAGGGGGCUGAGGUCAAGUUAGGGGGGCUGAGGUCAAGUUAGGGGGGCUGAGGUAAAGUUAUGAGGCUGAGGUCAAGUUAGAGUCAAAAAGUUCAUUGCAUUCCAUCAUUUUGCAAGAACUUAGUGUGUUUUCUUGUUAGAUGAGCAUAAUCUUCUCCGGUUGCACUCCUUACACUCUAAGUUGGUGCACUUAUCUGCCAACCGAUUUUUAAAAUUAUGAUUGACUAUUGCAUCAUUUGAUAUCUUUAGAAUUGAGUGACAUGGUUGCAUGGUGUAGCUCUUUUACAUCUAUGAUUACAUCUUUUACAUCUAAGGCUUUUAAAAUUAUUAUGCUCUACUAAUUUUAGGAAACUUAUAUAAGAUCAUUUUAACAUUUCCGUAAUGAGUAAAAGACUUACUCAGAUACUGUUCCAAAAAGAAAUUAUACGUUGAUAAACAUUUGAAUCUAUUCCACAGUUAUCUACCAAGAAUUGCCUAGCCUUCAUGUUUAGCAUAUCUGGAUGAUUGACAUCGCCUAACAUGAGCAUGGAUUGUGUCUAGGGAACUCUAAUUUACUCAAGUCUUAAGGCUAAUACUCCACCAGCAAUGUAGUAUACCGUGUUGGGGGUGAUGCUGAUGGGAUCUCACCCAAAAAAAAAACCACGAAAUGUAGCUAGCAAGGCAACCUCUUUACAAUUACGGAUGGCUGGUCUCAUUGACAUCUGAUCUCCAAUAAAUCGCUUGUGAAAAAAAAACAACGUAUUCCCGAUAUAACUACAACAAACCAAGAAACGUUUUAACUAUACCGUCAAAGAAAGACAACCUUCAAAAAAUCAAGAAGCAAGAAUCAAUGUGGCCCAUUCUGCGUUGACUAAGGACACUUAUUCUUAGGAGAUGCUCAGGCCUCAAUGUGUAACGUGGACAAGUAGGCUCCGGGGCCUCAUGGAGCCAUUGGCUAUUACGAAUGCAAACAAAAAUUAAAUCAAAGAAUAAACGGAGAGGCAGCGUGUCUGAGAG